ACCAGUCAUACAGUCACAUCGAGCAAGCGGAAUCCCCAGAUUCUUCAUAUAUCUCGCAUAUCUCGCCAUCGCGGAGGGACUUCAUUCCCAGCAACAUUACCCUUGUUCUACCUUAUUCAAGGCCUGUUUAUACGUUCAAUUGAGGACGUCUAGACCCCCUAUUCGCAUCGUACACGCUGCCCCUCGUUCAUUCCGAGAUCGGGAUGGCUGCACAAAAUUCAGAGAACGGCGCUCAGCCGAAGUACGAAAGAACCCAAACGCAGCCUGAGAACCCGUUUGCUACCUUGAUUCCGGAGCAACAAUUCGCCAUCAUCCCUGAAUUCACCCUUGAAUCAGGAGUCACUCUUCACAAUGUCCCCGUCGCCUACACGACCAGAGGCAAGCUCUCGCCUAAUGGCGACAACGCCAUGGUGAUCUGCCACGCCUUGACCGGCAGCGCAGACGUCAGCGACUGGUGGGGUCCUCUUCUCGGGGGACCUGGCAGAGCCUUCGACACAUCACGGUUCUUCAUCGUAUGCAUGAACGCCAUGGGAAGCCCGUACGGCACGGCAAGCCCCGUUACGGCCAAGGAUGGAGAUCCCGAGAAGGGCAUCUACGGACCUGAGUUCCCCUUGACCACAAUCCGUGACGAUGUCAACCUUCACAAGCUUCUGCUGGACGACCUCGGCGUCAAGCAAAUCGCCGCAGUCAUCGGCGGCUCACUAGGCGGCAUGUUCGUCCUGGAAUGGGCCUACCUCGGCAAAGACUACAUCCGCUGCGUCGUCCCCAUCGCCACCUCGAGCAGACACAGCGCUUGGGGCAUCUCCUGGGGCGAGGCCCAGCGCCAGAGCAUCUACGCCGACCCUAAGUACGACGAUGGCUACUACCCCUUUGACGACCCGCCUUCCACCGGUCUCGGCGCCGCCCGCAUGUCGGCCCUCCUUACGUACCGCAGCCGUAACUCCUUUGAGUCCCGGUUCGGACGUAACAUCCCGGACCCGUCGAGGCGGCAGAUCAUCCGCGAGCGGCCCAGACCCAGCACGCCGUCCGAGGCGCACUUCCACAUCCACAACGAUGGGCACAACGUCAAGCGCGUCGGUCUAUCGAGACAGAACAGCCAAGGCGGUAUCGGCACGGCAGAGGGUACGUCCGUCAACGGCGCAGCGGCAGCAGAGACAGCCGUCCCCGAGUCCCUGGACCCUCAAUUCCACGGCCCUCAAACCACAACAACCACCUCAACAACAACAGACAGCCUAACCGGAGGCGACAAGCUCCCCACCUCAACCUACUUCUCAGCCCAAUCCUACCUCCGCUACCAGGGCCAAAAGUUCGUCAAGCGCUUCGACAGCAACUGCUACAUCGCCAUGACUCGCAAGCUCGACACCCACGACGUCUCCCGUGAUCGCGCGCCCACCAUCGCCGAGGCCCUCGCCCUCAUCGAGCAGCCCACGCUCGUCCUGGGCAUCGAGAGCGACGGCCUCUUCACGUUCGCCGAGCAGGAAGAAAUCGCCGAGCACGUCAAGAACGCCCGGCUCGAGCGCAUCGAUAGCCCCGAGGGUCACGACGCGUUUUUGCUCCAGUUUGAGCAGGUCAACCGCUAUGUGCUGGACUUUUUGAAGCAGACGCUGCCGGAUAUCAUGGAGAAGCAAGGGGAGGAGGUGGAGGAGGUUGGGGUUGGACAGUUGACGAAGAGCAGCACGUUUGGCGAGGCUGAGGUGGAGGAUAUUACCGCGUGGUAA